AUGGAAUCCGGCGAUGGAACUAAUGAUGACCAGAAGUGUGAAAAGCUUCCAAAAGCACUCAUUAUAUGCAAUGAACAAAUUUAUCCAAACAUAUUUUUGCUCUUAAAAAUAUUAUGUACAUUGCCAGUCUCGACCACUUCACCAGAGCGUAUGUUUUCCACUUUGAAAAGAGUAAAAACUUAUCUAAGAAACACAAUGGGUCAGGAACGCUUGAAUGGACUUGCAAUGUUAUCUGUGCACCGAGACAUUGAGCUGAACCCCGAUCACAUACUAGAUAUUUCAGCAAAAAAAACUAAAAGAAAAAUUAAUUUAAUAUUAUAA